AUGACUAAGCCUUUGAAGCAGAGCAACAGUUCCUACAAUGCACAGCGCUUCGCGAAGCAUGCCAACUCUUUGCUGUACGGCGUCGUCAAUGCCAUCCGAGCCAUCCCAACCAUGUACGGUUACGCCGUCAUCAUCUUCAGCCACCACGCCUUCGCCGACUUCAUGCCAGCACUCUCCAAGCUCGUCAUCUUCUCCAGUGCCGUCCACCAAGUGAUGUUCACACUCAUGAGCACCAUGCCAUUCGCCAUCGGACAAGUCCAGGACGCCGGUCUCAUCUUCCUCAGCGCCAUGGCCACCUCCAUCUGCAACUCGCUCGGGGACGAUGUGUCUCCUGAAGCCAAAGUCGCCACUACCAUCGUCACUAUCGGUAUCGCUACAGCUUCGUUGGGAGUCUGCCUCGUCGUCAUGGGACGAUUCAAACUGGCAGCUCUCACUUCGUACCUCCCUAUGCCUGUGAUUGGUGGAUACCUCGCCUUCAUCGGUGUCUUCUGCCUCUACGCGGGUCUCGCACUCAGCACGGGACUCGUCAUCAACGACUUCUCCUCUAUGAUCGACAUGUUCCACGAUACUCACAACAUCUUGCUGUGUGUGCCGGGGUUCCUGGGUGGAGCUAUAUUACUGGUGGUCUCACAAAACUUCAAGAACCCGUUCGCACUCUCAACCGCCAUCAUGGUCAUGCCAGUGUUCUUCUUCCUGGUGCUGGCAAUCGGCAGUAUCUCACUCGAUGAAGCACGUCAAGACGGAUGGGUUGACCCCGUGGAGAAAACUGCCUCCAUCUCAGAACUCGUCAACCUCUUCGACUUCGACCUGGUGCACUGGGAUCAGAUCCCCAACCAGAUCGUCACGUGGAUCGGUAUGGUCUUCAUCGUCGCCAUCUCGUCCAGUCUCGACGUCGUCGCCAUUGAGAUCGACAUGGGGACCAAGCUCGACAUCAACCACGAACUCAAGACUGUGGGCUGGUCCAACGUCGUCA